AUGAAAUUUAGAUUCAAAAGAAGGAUGGCCGGAUCGAACGGUACACCUAAUAAUUCGCACUGUAAAAAGUAUAAGAGCAAAGUUAUUUUGGGUAUUAAAUGUAUUAAUUGUGAUAACUGUUUCCAUCCCAAUUGUGCAAAAAUGAAAAAUUUAAAAGUUGUUGAUGAUAAUUUGGUUAUAUAUUGUGAAAAAGUCGAUCAAAAUAUUGUGGAAAGUGAUACCGCAUUUUUUGAUGCUUUGGAAGUAUUUGCAUGCGACGAUAAUAAGGUAGAUAUUAAUUUUGUAAGGUAUAUUGUCAACCAAAAAGAUGAGUUAAUAAAAGAAAUGCGUAAUAAAAUAAAUAUUUUAAACAAACAAAUUGUUCUAUUGAAGAGAAUUCAAUCAAUUUAUCCGACAAAUUCGAAUACGGUCGAUGAGAUAAACAAAAAGUGGUCCGAUAGUGCUAAAGCACAAAAACCAAAUCAGCCUAAUUUAAUAAUUUCGAGUGUUUCAAAUACGGGUGACUCCCAAACAAAUUAUAGCAAAUUUAAAAAUAUUUCUUCACCAAGUCUGCAGGAAGUUCAAAGGGAUAAGAUGAAUACAACUAUUAAUUUAAGCACAAAUGUAUCCAAAAAAGAGGAAAUUAAAAUGGACCUUAACCGAUCGGAAGUAUCCUCAAAAAAAGAUAGUGCUAGUAUUGUUAAAAUGAAUUCAUCUGAGGCAGUUGAAAAGUGCAGUGAUGCAAAUAAUUGGAACGUCGUUAACCGACAAAGAAAAUGUAAUAUUGUUGUAGGAAAUAAUACUACCGAAAUUGUGAAAAGCGUACCUAAACAUAGUUACAAUAUUGGAAAGUAA